UAACUGCUCUCCUGCCCUCUCUCUGACUGUUAGAGGGGAUAGGUGUGAGUGAGGAUGUCUCUGCUGUUCUUGUGGUCUCUAUCUUCCUCCCUCACACUCAGCCCAUCCUCCACCCUAGCCACAGACACAGAGUGUGUUCUGCUGAGUGGCUUUGAUCCUGGGUUCGUGGCUGAUGGUGACUUUGUCAUUGGGGGUAUUUUCCCCCUGCACUACAACCAGGAGAUGCCAGACGUCAACUACACCUACCAACCAACAGCCGUCAGGUGCAAUGGGUUUGAUCCGAGAGCUUUCCGCUGGGCUCAGACCAUGAGGCUGGCGGUGGAGGAGAUCAACCAGAGUGAGCAGCUGCUGCCCAACCACAUGCUUGGCUACAAGAUCUUUGACUCGUGUGCCUAUCCUCUGACAGGGCAGAGGGCUGCUCUGGCAAUGUUGAAUGGACUGGGCCAGGCUCACACUCACAUGUGUUCUGGUGCCUCUCCUCUCCUGGCUGUUAUCGGAGAAUCCGGUUCUGCUCAGUCUAUUGUCGUAUCCAGAAUCCUGCAGCCCUUUAAAAUACCCAUGAUCAGCUACUUCUCGUCGUGCGCGUGCCUCGGUGACAGGAGGAAGUACCCAACCUUCUUCAGAGUAAUCCCCAACGAUGACUACCAGGUGAAGGCUAUGGCUCAGCUGCUGGUACGGUAUGACUGGCGCUGGGUGGGGGUGGUGCGUGGGGACCAUGAAUAUGGGCACUUUGCCCUACAGGGGCUGCUGAGGGAGCUAAAGGGGACGGGGGUGUGUGUGGCCUACCAGGAGAUGAUCCCUCUGCUCUACAAUCAGCAGAGGGCCCUGGAGAUCAUAGAGGUCAUGCGUAGCUCCACAGCGCGGGUAGUGGUGGUGUUCUCUGCCGAGGGGGAAAUGACCCCCUUCCUGAAGGACUACAUGGCACAGAACAUCACAGGGAUCCAGUGGGUGGCCAGCGAGGCCUGGGUCACUGCCUCUCUCUUCACCACCAGCGAGUACUUCCCCUACCUGGGGGGCACCAUCGGCUUUGGGAUCAGGCAGGGACAAAUCCCAGGGCUCCGGGACUACCUGCAGACGGUGAACCCCCGCAGCACCCUGAUGCCCCCCUGUUCAGGGCAGGAGAUUCUUCUGGAGCAGCACUCAGCCUACAUGAACACCUCCAGCCCCAGAGUGGCCUAUAAUGUGUACAAGGCUGUGUACGCCAUCGCUCACUCACUGCACAACCUCCUCCACUGCCAGGCUGGGGCAGGACCCUUCCACAACCGCUCCUGCGCUCACAGCACCAAUGUUCACCCCUGGCAGCUGCAGCACUAUCUACAAGAACUUGCCUUUUACAUUUCUGGGGAGGAGGUGAACUUUGACCUGAAAGGGGAUUCCAUCCCGUACUAUGACAUCAUCAACUGGCAGAGGGGGUCGGGUGGCAACAUGGAGUUCAUCAACGUCGGUCUGUUCGACGGAGCAAAGGCCUCUGGGAAGGAGUUGGUGAUCCAGGAGGAGAAGAUCCUGGUGGUCUCCGUGUGCAGUGCCAGCUGUGCUCCAGGAUCCAGGAAGGCUGUCCGUCGUGGGGAAUCUCUGUGCUGCUUUGACUGUGUACCAUGUGACAGCGGCAAGAUUAGUAAUCAGACAGAUUCUAUAGACUGCACAGAAUGUCCCGAAGACUACUGGUCAAACGCUGAUGGAACAAUGUGCAUCCCCAAAGUGGUGGAGUUUCUUUCCCAUGAUGCAAUGGGGAUAGCCCUGACAGUGAUCGCUGUAGUGGGCGCCUGUCUGACCGUGUCCAUCCUGGCAGUCUUCCUCCAUCACAGGACCACGCCCAUCGUCCGCGUCAACAACUCUGAGCUGAGUUUCUUUAUCCUUCUCUCCCUGACUCUGUGCUUUCUGUGUGCGCUGAUGUUUAUCGGGGAGCCCACCUCCUGGUCCUGCAUGCUGCGCCACACCGCCUUCAGCAUCACCUUCUCCCUCUGCAUCUCCUGCAUCCUGAGCAAGACUCUGGUGGUCUUGGCAGCCUUCACUGCCGCCAGGCCUGGGAACAACAUUAUGAAGUGGCUGGGGCCCAAACAGCAGAGGGUAAUCAUAUUCUCCUGCACCCUGGUUCAGGUGCUGAUCUGUGCUGCCUGGCUCAUUGCUGCACCUCCCUACCCCUCCAAAAAUAUCCAGGACCAACGCUCUAAGAUCAUUCUGGAGUGCAGUGUGGGCUCCCAACUGGCCUUCUGGUGCGUUCUGGGAUACAUCGGCCUCUUGGCCUGUCUGUGCUUCAUCCUGGCUUUUCUGGCCCGGAAACUGCCAGGCAACUUUAAUGAGGCCAAAUUCAUCACCUUCAGCAUGCUGAUCUUCUGUGCCGUGUGGAUCUCCUUCAUCCCUGCCUACGUCAGCUCUCCUGGGAAGUACACAGUAGCUGUAGAGAUCUUUGCCAUCCUGGCCUCCAGCUUUGGGCUGCUGUUCUGUCUGUUUGCUCCAAAGUGUUACAUCAUCCUCCUGAAGCCAGAGAAGAACACUAAACAACAUCUCAUGGGGAAUAAAAAGUAGUUAAUGAGUAAUUCAAAAUGUAUUUUUCCUUAUGUGCUUUUGUUACUUAAAAUGUACAGUUUAUCCCAUAUGGGCUACAAUCUGCACUGAGUAUACAAAACAUUAACAACACCUGAUCUUACCAUGACAUAGACAAACCAUCUGAAUCCAGGUAAAAGCUAAG